UAUUCCAGAAUGCAAAAGGUCAAAUGCAUGAAUCGAAAAACUGACUUGUGGUCUUGAGGAAGACCUUCAGAGAUUUGCUCUGAAGGUUAUUAAAAAGGACAAGUGACAAAAUUCGAAAAUGUCUAUUCUGAAUCAGGAAUGCAUCAGAACGUGUUGCUAAGAUGUUGGUAUGAUACUGCGGGACGCCACACGACAAAGUACUGGUGUCGAUCAGGUUAGAUAACUUGGCAUCUACCUGUUUUUGUGGAAGUGUACCCUAUGUUCAUUCCGAUGACGUAAUGGAGGAUCAGCAGGGAAACGUAAGGAUGAUCGAUGCUCCUGCAGAAGAAUUGGGCGAAGAAACAGGAUCCGCAGGAGCUGAGGGCGUCGUAAUGAUAGGGAAAUACAACUACUUAACCAUCAAUCAAGUUGGUCCCUCGUCGGAAUCAGGUCAUCCACACGAAGAAGAAUGCUUAGGAAUACUCAAAGACAUACUGGUAUCACAUGGAGAGAGUCGUGAAACCCCCAGAAAACUUCCGAUGAAAUUACAAAGUUUAGAGACAUGUUUCAAACAACGCAAAGGGAUGCCUUUUAAAGAAGUAAUGGGUAUUUCUAUGCUUGAUUUUUUAAGGCGAACAAACUCGUCAUUACGUUUAACAAAUAAAAACAAUCAGUGGUUUGUAGAUCUUGAAUAUGAAAAACAGGGAAUUGCAGAUGUAAAGUUAAAGGGUAAGAUUCCAAAAACAGGAUCAAAUGAACCACUUCAAGAUAAAAAGACCUCUCCUCAAUAUGAGGGAACGAUACCAAAAUGCAGAACUUUCCGUUCCCAAAAAAGUUCUUCUGAAAGGCCGAGGCGUGAAAUUAAAGAUCACCCGUUUGAGCCGAAUAAAUGUUCAGCAUUUGAUGACUUUCUAGCCAAUGUUAGUAAUUUUCUGGAAAGCGAAAGUGAAUAUGUCCUGAUGAUUCCAAAAUUAUACCAAACAAAACACGAAAACGCUCUAGCAAACAUACCUUGGAUCUGUGUGUUUGACUUCGACCCUGAAAGUCAUUCAAAUGGUUUGUUUGAUAGAGUGGAAGACACAUUUAGAAAACAUCGAAAUUUGAUGACUUGUACAUGGAGAGAUCAACCGAACAUUACAUCAUGCGGAACUGAGUGGUGUUUUGUUCUAGGCUCAACACACGAUCCAGAGAGUAAAACACCGCAUCAGCAAUGCAAAAAAUGGUAUCUUAAGGUUCAAGAUCAAUUAACAGGGCAUAUCAAAAGUCUGGCGGAGCAUUUGGAUACGGUCUUACCAUUAACCGUUGUUUUAUUUUGGCCAGAAGAUAAAGUUACUGGUUUCCAAUUCGAGAAGGUCUUGUCAAAUAUAAAUUUCCACAUUAGGCCUCUACCAAAUGUAGUUAUUGUGGGAAGUCCACCAAGUGAACAUAGAAUUCUUAUUGAUCAAAUCGAUCCCGAUUAUUUUCUUCAAGAAAAAUUUGAGCAUGUACUUCAUGAUUUGUCAACAAACAUAGGUAGAGUUCAAAGCGGAAAGCAGCUACAAUAUACACUCCCGACAGAUGAUGGUACCUUCGUCACCGAUAUCAGUGAAUCUCAGGCAGCCAGUUUCAAAGAGAACUUACAUGUUUUGUACUGUGACAGCCCUUACAGAACGGACUGGGUUGAUCUAAAUAAACCAGAAGAAGAGGAACGGCUGUUCUUUAAGGGUGGGACUUUAAGCUGGCAGGCUUACUAUGACUAUGGUCCUGAUCAUUUCUACGAAGCAAGGGACCUACUCGUUGACAUUCUCAGCACAAUAAAGAGAGAUUUCCUAGAAAAAAUUCAGUCUGGUACAAUCAAGUUGUAUCAUGCGCCGGGGGCCGGAGGAACCACACUUGGACAAAACAUCCUUUGGGAUUUACAUAAAUGCACGCCAUGCAUGCAAAUAAGAUCCGAUACAUCUUCAUCUAUUCAGGACAUAGCUGAUAACAUUGCAACGCUUUACAGGACAACGAAUCUUCCUGUUGUUGUGAUGCUGGAUGGACCCGAUGAAAAAGUCUUCGAUCAGCUUCGAUGGCAUUUGAAGACCAUCGUCGUAGUCUUUCUACUCCUCAAAAGAGUAAUUGAUCAUAUGGACGAAAGUCAUUUUCAUUCCAAUCAGUUUUUGCUGCAUGGCACGUUGUCUCCGAAGGAAGCCAAACGCAUUUGUCCUAAAUUCCGUCGAUUUUGUGAUAGCAACGCAAAGAGAGAUCAAAUUCAACACCUAUUAGAUGAGGUUAUAGAAGGAAAAAAACACCACCUGAUAGAGUUUGGACUGGUGACAUAUCUGGAAGAAUAUACCGGAGUUGCUGCUUAUGUAGCAGAAUAUCUUCGCUUGAAUAAAAAAAGCAAGCGCCUCGAAAAUUUCCAAAAAGUCCUAGGAUAUCUUGCGCUAGUGCAAGUUUUUGGUCAGGUAGCAAUGCCAAUUCAGGUAUUUUCUAAAAUGUUGGGAACUCCACCGGAUAAAAAGAUAAGUCUUGGACAAUUUCCUCAGAGUGUUCAGGAAUUUGUUGUUAUGGAGGAUAAACGGCGACAGAGCAUUAGAAUUUGUCAUUUCCUCAUAGCUAAAGAAAUACUUGAACAGGUGCUUUCAAUGAAUCAAUCAAGCACUAAAGGUCAAGAUUUAAGCGAUGUAGCAAAACGGCAGCUUCAGCCUUUUGUGCUACAGUUCAUUUUGGAUUUGAAAUCCAGACAAAAUGAUAUCGGAUUGGUAUCAAAAGCCGUAUUUGAAAUAAUUUUUCAAACAUUCAUCCACCGCGAUCGCCAAAUGAUGAACGAAUCUGACAAUCCUCUCCACAGCCAUACCUCUCGUCUGUCACGACUUUUAGAAAGUAUACCUUCCGAACAGCCGUUUACGGAACGUCUCGAAGUAUUAGAAUCAAUUGCACACUCCUUUCCAGACAAUCCGAGCUUCUGGGCUCAUCUUGGAAGAGCAUAUGCACUUUUUCGACUGCGCGAAGAGGAGAAAAUAGAGGAGUUCUUUGAAAAGGCAUUCCGUUUAUGCCAAUGCGAUAGCAACCAAGAGUCUCAGUUUACGUCGGCGUCUGUUAGUGAGUACGAAAAGAACGAUCACGUUCUCAGCUACAUACAUCACAUGUACGGUAUGUUUUAUCUGGGGAAAAUCAAGAUGCGGAUACAAAAGUGUAAACCUAUACAACACGAAAUGCUGUUUCAAGAAGAAAUAAGAAAAAUGACAGUGGAGGCGGAAACAGGUUGUCGUGCAUUUGAAGAGUCCAGUAAACAUAGCUUUGCAGGUUAUCAGGAAUCAUUUGGACGCAUGGGGGAGAUAGAUGUUCGGUUGAAAAUAUGCAGGUUUCUCAAAGGUCACUACAUGUUUACUACAAUACAACAGCUUCUAGACAAAUCCCAGAAUGAAUUGAUCUAUUCAUUUGUCAAGGAAAGUUUACCCAAGAUACAACAACUGUUCGUACAGUGUCACAAUGUUGUUGAUUCCGACAGUGUCGAUGCCCAAUUUUACGCACAAGUCCAACGAUAUAACGAGAUUUUCAAAGGAAUGAUGCCUACAUCGCACAUAGAUCACAUCAAGGUGCCGGAUACAAUAGCAACACGACGAGAGGUCGUGGCGGCUGUCAAAAUCAAGUACGGAAAGUCUGAUCAUCUUGGCACUGUUGACGACAUAACAGAUGAAUCUGAUGUCAAUCGCGUAGUUCUUCUAUUGGAAAGGAAUUUAGAAGAGGAUGGCAGAGGAACAGGUGGUGAAGUUUUAUCUGUCGUGAGCUUAGACUUCGACUAUCUGGAUUGGAUUUAUGUCAUCAGGCAUCCGAAACAACGCAAACUCUACCCAGUGGAAAAGGUUCUGAGGCAGGUAAGACAAUGGUACAAACUGCUGCAUAGUCCAUAUUCAUCUUUCUAUCUUUUCAUUCUCCUCUGUGUGUACGGAAUCAACGAAAAUGCAAUAUCCUACAUUGAGGAAGCACUGGCAUUGAAAAGUAAGGACUUUCAAAAUAUAAAUACCAAAAUCAAGCAUUCUAAAUCACCCAGGGAAUGGCUGGGGGAAAAACAAGGGAUCGGGUGUCUGCAACCAGGAAAGAACUUCCGACGAAUGGAGGCAUUGGACAUUAUUGAUAGUGAAACACCUGUUGAGAACUUACAGCUCUUGAAAGGAACAAUAAAAACCCCUAACGUGCUUCGACGGACGGGAUACAUCCUUCUCGACAUAGAGGGGAAUACCGAUGUACCAGUUAUUGUUUUCUUCCAUCCGAGCAGAACAGAAGAACAACUGUAUGGCUAUUGCAAUGCAGGGGUUCGUGUUGAAUUCGUGCUAGCGUUCACCUUACAAAAUGGUUUACAAGCAUACAAUGUUAGAAAGUUGACAAAAGUAACGUGUUUCAAUUGUGAUGGGAAGACUGAGAUAUUCAGCAGGGAAAGGGCUCGAAAAUGCAGAAAUUGUGGAACUCUCGUUGAAAACCCUACCUCAUCCUAAUGUGAUUUAGAUUUGGCUCAACGAAAUUAGUUUUCAUAAAGCGGAAAGUUGAACAAUUUAGCAGAUAAUGUUUUCAUACAUGUACAUGUUUUUUAACACUCUGACAAAUCAUGAAGUUCCCUUUUGUGAAGGACAGUUAAGCAGUGUCAAAACAGAGAAUUAAGGAAAACAUGUUGGUUAAAGGAAGAAAAAAGAUUAUGCCAAUUACUUUUUCACUUCAGAAUCAUGCAGUGUGGGUAGCCGGUACAAGUCUUUUCCCCUACCCUCAGGACAUCUUCUAUUGACGACUCUUGUUGUCCAAUCUUAUAUCAUAUAGUUGUUUGUUUAUAAGAAUACACAUCAUAGUGACCGUUCAUAUACAUUUUAGGGCGGAUUUUUUAACAAAGCAAUAUAAAGUAACAUAAAUUAGUGUAAAGACGAUUGCAAUACAAAGACAGCAGUGUCCGAAAUAAGCAUACUGGAAAAUAUCGACAGGAAUACUGAGCAUGACGAGCAUGACUGAUAGAUCCAAACCUAUACUCUAUAUCAUGAACAUAUAUGAUAAAUAUACCGCUACAUUAUUUACUCUAUAUUUAAGUAACUGUUUGAAUCGGUUAUACCGCUCAAAUUCGCUUAGCUGUUUUUUAGUCCGGUGUUAGUCUGAGACCUUACAUAUCCCUGUUGAACUAAACCACGCUGGAAACGCCGUCAGUUGCCAAGCGACACGAGAUUUGGGCGAGUUGUUUCCGAACUCGACGUUAUUUGCAUGCUAUUCUGAAAGAAUAGAGACGAUGCUAGGUUGAUCAAUGCGAUCAUGUAUCACAUUUAAAAAGAUGCGCUUGGAAUCAAGGUGGAUUUAUUAUAAUAUCAAGUAUUCGGACCCAUUCGAAACCAGAUUAUCAUCAACGAUGAAAUAUUUACUACUUCAAAUCCAGUCAUCCAGUUAUUCUUGCGGUAUUAAAAAAAAUUAAAUUCACCGCAGCCUGUAUAUUUUAUUUCCUCCUGGUUGCAUAUGGUUCCAUUGUCAAGCCCAUUUUUACAAGCAUUUUUUAGUUCAAAAUAUCUUUCCAGUUUGAAUCGGUAUAAUAAAACGGUUAAAGUAUGGUGUUGAGCAAUGCUGGUUUCAAUCGACGAUGCCUAUCCAGACCUGGUCUCCAGAAAUCAGUAACUUGCUACCUCCCUCAACCCCAUACUUUAACUGUAUAAUAAGGUAGGAUACACACACAUAUAUAUUGACGUUAUACGGAUGAAAAUUGACAUGUAUCAAUACAAAGUGUUUUAGUGAGGGAGGGUCAUUUACCUAAUUCUAACCCCUUUAUGUACAUUUCUGACGUGCCUGUUGUUUAUGUGCUAUAUAUAUGUGCACAUUUUGAAUAUCAACCAUUCUCCCAGAUCGUGCAAAUGUACAAUUUCACCGUUGCCGCCAGACCUUCCACGUGCAAUCUGUUAAUGUAUACAUUGAUUUAAUGAAAUAAUCAUUUUUGUAUCAAUCAUGGCAUAACAUUUUUCUUUAAUUAUAUCUGGUAAAUGCCACUUAAACAACGAAACCAAAUUAACAUUCAUCUGCAUGGCAUUAUAAUGGAUGACAAGUAACUAUUAUCACAGCCUUAUUUUUUCGUGUUUGGUUUUGUAUAUUUAACGCGUUUUUAGUGUUGCUAUUUACAAGAUGCAUAUGUAUUGAAGUUAAAUAGCAAGAUUCUCUAGAUAGUACAUUGAAAUACGUCGUAUCGUACAUUGGUACACAAUUAUUCAUAAAUCGUUUAUUUAAUGAUAUAAAACUAAUGGUUUCCAAUAAUUGUCUUACAUAGUUGUUUUAGAUACAUAUUUGCUACAUUUAUUUGACAAUAAUUUAAUUUGACAUUAUCUAAGACCUCUAAGGGUCUUACGAUGUAAGUCUUUCACAAAGAUGGUCUCAGAAAUGUAUUGUAUAUUUGUUUACUAUGUAUAUACUUAAUGCUUCAAUUGUUGUUAGUCCAAUACCUUCAAUUUGUAUCCUUGUAUUUAUGACUGAGCACAGGUAAAAUAUUCUUCAUAUUUGUUCACUGUUUAAGGCUGCAAUUACUAAUAUCUUGUGGAUUUUGUACAAUUCCAAAUCUGUAUUUUUAGAACAUUUUACAAUUUUAUCUAUUUACAUUUAUUCGUAAUAAUUUGAAAUGACUGUUGAUUCAUUUUGAUUCAUCAUUUUUUAUUGUUUCGAUCACAUGAACAUGUGGACAUUUUUCUUGAGUUAUCUAUAAUUCGCAUUAUCCAUCCUAAAACUUUAUAUUUUAAGUGUUGUCUUUAUAUUUGAAUUAAGAUUAAAUAUGGUUGAAUGCCGGGUCUAAGUUUCGUGAAAUGAAAUCAACUGACCCCAGUUUCAGUUCGAUACAAAGUCGUACUAUGUGCAUCAAGAACACCACGUAGGUAUCAGUUUUACCGAAUUUCAUUUUUAGCCCCCAAAACAUCUGAAAAUGUGCUACACACACCAGGGUAAACUCAUAUACACAUAGACUGUAACAAAUAUUUCAGUGCCGUCUAAACGGGUCCAGAAAUUAAUGCUAUAUCUCAUAAAGGUGAUAUACGCACAUAUUUCCGGGGUUUAUGAUAUGGUGUGACUAGUUGUUAUCCUAACCAAUAUGAUGUGCUAGAGAUAUCAAGAGAUGAUCAUCUCAAUAUCAAGGUGCGAUGACCCAUAUCCUUCAUAAUUUUACCCACGUGUGAUAGGAGUAUUCGUUCAUCAUUUUAUUGUGUGUAGGAUACUCUGGAGGUAUGGCAGUGUAUGUACAUAGUCAAAGUAUAUCGCUAUACACUCGUAAAACCAAUUAAUAUUCCAUUGGGUCAUCUGCUACACCUCAACAUAACACCAUGUAAUUGUAUCAUUGGUUUAUUUAGUCCUGUCAAGUAUUGCAUUUUUAUUCUCAUUACGGACCUUGUACACAUUCUAUUGAAAUGCCGACUAGAGAAGACGAACAAAAUGGAAAUAUUUACAACACGCUGUAUUUCGAAAGUUGCUAGCCUUUUCGAUGUGCAUAUGAAAGUAUCACACUUUAACAAACGAUAUAUGUUUUGCAGACCUUCUAGUCCGAUUAAGGAAACAGAUGUGAUUAAUACCAUUAAUGUUUCUUUUUUUUAUUAUUCGAAAUUAGCUUACAUAAGCAGAUUUGCGUAAGUAAAUAUUGAAGUAUACUCAUGUUAGAUAACAGUAUUCCCAUGUUUUCAAAACAUUUUCGUAUGUUCAUUAAUUAUAUUUCUAUUUAUCAACUCAUUGUAAAUUGUAUUGUACUUAAUAUUAUCAAACAGUCUCGCACUUUUUGAUGUGCCGUUAUCACCUGUAAUACUCAAUCAAUCAAUCAAUCAAUUAAUCAUUCAAUCAAUUUGUUUAUCUAAGUGUUAAUAUAUCACAAUUACAUGGUACAAGUAUAUAGUUACAAAGUAUAAAACAAAGUUUAAUAUCGGGGAUCAGUCAACUUAACCAUAAUAGAAUAUGCAAUAUUGAUAUUUUAAAAAGAACUAUUACCAUGACUUUUUUAGAUGAAUAAAACCAGUCACGGACUCAAAAAUUUCACUCCAGUCCAGAGAGCAGGCGAUUGGGACAGUCCCUACCUACUAAACUCUCUGAAAUCGUACUGCCAUAUACAUAAUGAUUAAAUGACUUCUUUUACAAUUACUGAAUUAAAACAUUAAGCCUUUAAAGUAGUAUUGGAUAUAAUAUAUAGACAUGCAUAAUAAAGAUAUACAUAUAUAUAUCAGUAUGCAUGGACAUAUACAAGUUUCUUGUUAUGUAUAGUAGUGAAAUUAAGUUUGGAAAUAAAAAAUGAUUUACCCCGUUAUUAUAUCUAACAAAUUAAGUAAAAAAGUCACAAUUUUAAGAAAAUGGAAUUAUAUGUGAUAAUCAGCCAAACAUGGCUUACAAGACACUAUUUAGAAUUAUCAUUAGUAUAGACUGCUACGUCUUCUGUACAUGUUAUAUAAAUUAUUUGCAAGUGGAAUUUGUAAUUCCUCGUUAGACAUUAAAACUUAAAUCUAUCGGUGUUAUCGAAACUGCUAAAAUCAUUUCUUAUAUUAUUUGCUACAUGCCAUUUUAUACAUUACAUUCAAUUAAAAGUUAUUUCAUCCUCUAUGCAGUUAUUUACAUUUGUACAUAUCUUACAAAGACGAUCCUCUAAUGGAAUCACAGGUUUGGCGUACCUGCCAGUUUCCACUGCUAGAGGUAGAGAGCCACAUCUAAAAUAUAAAAGUACUCUCAUUUGCCUAACGAGUCUUACAUAUGAAUCUGGUAAUAGCUCCGAUUAAAUAGUCCUGUAACUUCUCAGUUUGUAAUCGUUCAUAUCAUUACUAUCAUUCCAUAUAGAUUUGUACCAAUCAUCAGCAUCUGAAGUAACCAUUUAUCUUUCACCUGUCUAAUAUUGUGUUUAAUAGAAAACGUUUAGUUUACAAUUUAAAUUAAAAUUUUGCUGUCGAUCAAAUUUUUUAUUCCAGAAUCCCAUUUUUAUGAGCCUGUUAUCAUCACAAUAUUUAAUUCUUAAAAAUAAACGUAUUGUUUCUAAACCGACCUAUAUAUUGCAAUAUUGACAAGAUAAUGGUCUUUUGAUUGUCAAUAUUUCAAAUUAUAACGGCAUACUCAAUGUAUUUUCCAUUGUGCAACUCCCAACAAAUCAAUCAAGUUAUCAACAAGAGGUUAAUUACCUUGAACCAGAAAUUAAAAAAAAAAAAAAAAAAAAAUUAAUUGUCAUGUCUUCAUAUGUUUUUGAGUCAGCUACGGUGCCUGUUUUUGGGCUGAUUGGUGAUUUAGGUAAUCCCAGAUCCUCUUUAUUUUUUUUUCAAUUGAAGAUGCCAUAUCAACCAUUGACACUAAAUCCUCAGCCACUUCACCUUGUGCCAAAUAUUGCAAUUGUUUCUUCAAUUGAAACAUAAAGCAUUAGAAGGCUCAUCAGAAGUUCAUCGUGUAUUUCGCUGAGGAGCUCAAAUUUCCCUAUGCUUCACAUUUUUAUUGAACGAAAUGACGCAAAAACGUAACUUUGUUUUUCAGUAUAUUGUUUUUGGCUAUUAUGACAUUUUCUAAUGUAUAUAUUUAACUCAUUUACUAAUUUAAUGAAUUUUUUUAAUCAAAUAAAUUUUCAUACAAAAACUGCACAUCAAUAAGAAUUGUACAAAUAGUACUUGAAACAAGGGGAGGUUAUCCCAUCUUUACGCAUGACAAUUGUAUUUCCACACCCACUUAAUAUAGUUGAUUGAAAAAUGUGUUGAGCUAACAACUGUAGGUAGGUUCAUUGAGUCUGAGUAUAGUGAAAAUAUAAAUGUUUAAUAUAGAACAAUGCUUAUAUUACCGAUUUACAUGGCCAUAUAUCUAAAAAAAUGGAAUAUGUACAAUGAAUAUGUUGUAUGUUUGUAUUAUGGAAAUGAUAAAAUUUUUGUAUUUUUUUUUUUUUUUUUACAUUUGUUUUCAUACAGGUAACAAUUUUAUUGAAUUGACACUGCGAGAGAGCAUGUAGGCAUAUAUUUUACUUCACUUGCUACUUUAAAUGCAAUAUAAUUCGAGUAUAUAUUGUCUCAUAAUUCAAACAUUUUUGAUGACAUCAGAAGGAUGUCAUUGGUAUUUCUAUGUGUGUUAUAUUAUUUGUAAAUUGAUGCGUGACAUUGAUGUAUUUGAUUGAAAUCAACCGUUAAUUGUCUGGAGUAUAUAUAAAAGUCACGAUUGACCUAUACGUGAUACUGUUUAUCACAUAACUAUGUUUGUUUCACAACUGCUAAAUUUCGGAACAAUUACUCUCGAAUAUUUAUCAUUUGCUGUGCCAAUCAGACAUCCAAUAUGACUUCAUAUGGACAAUGAUGUGACGUCAUGAACUGUGAUUAAGUCCUUCACAUUUUAACUUUAAAACCUGUCAAAAUUUCAGAUAUGUGAUGAAAAUUAUCUGCAAUUUGUUGUUAUUCUGUGAGAUUUUAAAUAACCUCCUAUCGAAGGUUUAAUUUUCACUCACAAAGGCUCGAAAAAAAAAAAAAAAAAAAAACGUUCCAUAAAAUC